UGUGUUGUUUGAUAUGAUCUUACACAAAAGCAAAAAUUAAAUACUUUAAUUUCCGGUUUUUCCGCCCUGUGUGUGGCUGACUUGACGCAUCUCUCGGUCCUGAGGGGUGUGUUCAAAGAUUUAAAUCCCUCAGACAUGCGUAGACGCUGAUCCGUGGUGCUGGGUGCGCCAUAUUGGCUGACUUACAUGGGGAGUGGAGUUGGACAAGCCGCUUGAAAAACCAAACCAGUUUCCGGACAUGAAGCACUUCGAGGAUAGCAAGUAAAUCAGCGCAGUAGGAUUUAUUUGUUUCCUUCGGUGCAACGUGUUUAAUUUGCUAAAUUGCUCGCCAUUUUACCGUGAAGAGGUUCUCGGUGAACUCGAGUUCAAUGGAUCCCAGGACCGCUUGGAUCCAGCCGGAGCAGAAGGGACCUGCCAAUUCCCUGUGGAUGCACAUUUGGGAAACCUCUCAGGGAUUUGGAGCAAACUCCGGCAUCGACAACCACCUUCACCACCAACGCAACUUUGCAGCGCAAAAUUCAAACUCCACGGACUCAAACGGCGAGUAUUGCAAAAAUGUAGCACCGCCGCCGGGGGUUGUGUUUGGGAAACUGCCGAAGCGAGACGGCGGCGGAGACAGGGGAAGUGUCCGGAGGAAGGGCUCGUUGUCGCCGUCCUCCUCCUCUCUGGACUCGGAGGCCGAGAGCUCCUCGCCCUCCGGCUCCUCUCUGCAGAUCGACAAUUUGAACGUUGCAGAGGAGGCCAGCCGCUUUUUACACUAUGGCGAGCACGAGUUAAACGAGAACAAUCUCAGACAGCAAUAUCCCCCUCCGCCUUUUCACACUGUUCAGCAACACUGUCGCAGCAUGCAACAACCAAACGGCCACACCCCCACGGGGAUGAAAAAUCAGCAUGGGAACAAGUACCACCACUAUCAGUCACAUUCAUCCGGCCGCAGGAGGCAUCUGAACAGAGCCAACACUUUCCACGGCAUCAACCCGCUCCUGUCCUACGGCUGCAAUGGACACUAUAUAGACUCUUCUUGUAGCCUGUGGAAAACCAGGCGGUACAGCCCGGGCAUUAAUGGUCUGCAUGAAGAGAUAAUGGACUUUUUCAACUUCAUGUCCCCACGACCAGAGGAGGAGGCCAUGAGAAGAGACGUAGUGAACAGAAUAGAAAGUGUCAUCAAGGACUUGUGGCCCACGGCACGGGUGGAGAUAUUUGGCAGCUUCAGCACAGGACUUUAUCUGCCCACAAGUGACAUUGACCUGGUGGUGUUUGGAAAGUGGGACCAUCCUCCACUGCAGGAACUGGAACAAGCCCUGAAGAAACACAAUGUAGCAGGCCCGUAUCCCAUCAAGGUCCUCGACAAAGCUACAGUGCCAAUCAUCAAGCUUACUGACCAUCAAACAGAGGUGAAAGUGGACAUCAGCUUCAAUGUAGAAACUGCAGUGAAAGCCGCGCAGUUCAUUAAAAGUUAUCUUAAGAAGUACACUGUUCUGCCACCUCUGAUCUUCGUCUUGAAGCAGUUCCUGCUCCAGAGGGAUCUGAAUGAAGUCUUCACUGGAGGCAUCAGCUCUUAUAGCCUUAUACUAAUGGCCAAAAGCUUCUUGCAGUUACAUCCUCGGAUCGACACACGACGUGCCAACAUCAACCUGGGCAUCCUGCUGAUCGAGUUCUUUGAACUGUACAGCCGUGAUUUCAACUACAUGAAGACUGGCAUCCGGGUGAAGAAUGGAGGGGCCUACCUGUCCAAGGAAGAAAUGCUGAAAGCUAUGGGGAAUGGAAACAGGCCAUCCAUGCUCUGCAUCGAAGAUCCAAUUCAGCCAGGAAAUGACGUGGGCAGGAGUUCAUAUGGCAUCCUGCAGGUCAAGCAGGUGUUUGACUUUGCCUACAUGGUGCUGAGUCAUGGAGUUUCUCCUCUUGCACGUGCUUACCCCAACAAAGAGUAUGACAGUACUUUGGGGCGCAUUAUCAAAGUCAGCCCAGAGGUGUUGGCCUACAGGGACUGGACAAUCAAAAAGUGGGGAGCCAAGCAGUAUGCCAAGCUGGAGAACCAUGUAGUCUUCUGUUUGGUCCUAGAUGUAGAGACCUGUGAGCAGGACCUUGCCAGGCUGAUGCUGGUUUCUGUGGAGGAUCAGAGAGACAGUUGCUCCCCCCUCAGUGCUGACUCCCCCUCACCUUCCCCAGUCUUCCUUCCCAGUCCUCAACACCAUUCGUCGUCAUCCUCGGCAUGCUCGCUCUCCUCCUCCUCUGGAAGUGACAUAGAGUCUGAUUCUCCUCCGAGCAGUAAUGCUGCUAUCCAACUCCACCCCCUCACCCUGGCCUCAGUCCAUCCAGUAAUCCAGUUGGCUACAGACCUGAGGGCUACACAUCCAGCAGGCUUUAUCCAUGCCACACCUCAGGUCCAGAUGUCCCUCCCAGAAAACCUGACCAUCCCCUCCCUCUCUGAUUGCCAGUUCUAUCAUGAGAAUCCACCUUCAAUCAGUGUUGUGCACAGUCACACAUCACAAGCUGCACAGAUCUCCCGGCACACCAACUCCACAAGCCCUCUCCCCAGCCCCCUCCACCGGCUCCACCACCCUCAGAUAGGAGGACAGCAGAGCCACACUUACACCAUAAGAUCAAAUUCCCAUGGCUCUAUCGAACCGCACAAAUUUACCUUCAAGCACAACCAAGGUGGCAGCGUCCGAGGUCAAAACCACUCUCAAGGGGGCUCUCAUGCACCUACAUCAUGCUGGAAUUGGAACGAUCGAUCCCUGCUAGCAUUGUGCAAGCACCAAGUGAUGCUACAAGGCUGUUGCAGGAGAAGGAAGACUGUAAAAUGCUUAACUGUGGUCACUUUGUUACAUCAGUCUGAUGCUAGUCAGAGCCCUUCCUCUAAAUUUGAUGUACACCAGCACAGACUUUGAGUUGAAUGAGUAAUUACUGAUUCCCAGACUGAGUCUUCUCACCAGUGUCACUUCCCAGCAGCUAAAGUUUGGUCAAGUAUUGAGUUCCGUGGGACUUGAACAUCUAAGAACAUCACGUGCCAUAGUACUGAACUGGUUUGUCAAACCUGGUCUCUCUCAAAGUUGUGGGCCUUUUUCAUUUGGUCUUCUGAAUGCAACUCCCUAUUAGCACGCUUUUGAUUCAGAGCUCUUACAGCUUUGACUAUCAUCUGCGAAUUGUAUUCUGGACUGAAGCGAAGCACUACUCUCCUACCUAUGCAGCGCAACGCUGACUUGAUGUUUUUGGUGUGACGGCACAAAACGGACCUUGUCUCAAGUGCUUAAACUGUGAUGACUUGUUUGAAUGUACUAAGUGUUUCUUUUUUGUGUGUUGGUCAUUAUCUUUUGUUCUCUUGUUUUUGUCACUGAGGGAUUUGUUUGUUCACAUUGGCACUAUGUUUUUGUACUGUAAACAUUGCCACCUUAUUUUAAGUUUGUUGCAUUUAUAUGCAAUAAUGACUUGCUUUUAUUUAAUUUAUUUCACAUUUUAGUUUUAUUUUAGGGGUUCUCCCCACUUUAGGUUUGCUUUUGAUUCUAGACUACAUUGAUCUGUGCAAUAGAUGGAUUUAAGGGCCUUGAAGGAAUGUGUUUGUGUGUGAACAGCUUUCCAGCACAAGGGGGAGCUAUGGUAUAAAAACAUGAGAAAUGUGCCAAAAAUCCCAUGAUGCCAACAUUUUACUCAUGUUUAAUUUACUAUCACAUUAUGUUCACUUGAACUUUUGCCAACUGCCUGUCCAAAUGUUUUUCCACCACUAGUUUUUAUUUCAAACAUAUCGCUCUUCUCAGUGGUUUGACUUUUAUUUGGGUGGUUUUCCUCUUGAUAGAUCUUAGGCUAUACUGGGGGAAUGCACCUUGAGCAGUGUUUACUCGUGUCAUUUCAGAAAUUAGGUUUCAAUAACAGUUGGUGCUACUUAUUACCAGCAAAGUGCUUGUUUUCUGCCUUAUAUCUCCUUUGAUUCUGUUAAAGCAACAGGUUAACUGCCUUCGUAAAUGACCAAAUUUGCCCUUUUUCCUGUAUGUAGCUGAGGCUUUCUAUCUUUGUUUCUAUAAGCACUGUCAGGGUUACUUUUAUUUUUACAUACAGCUUCUAGGUGUUUACUCCAGGAGCAGACUCCUAUUGCGGUCAGUGAUUGUUAGCAUUAGCAUCAUGUCACAUCUAUUUUUUUUAUUUUUUAAUUCAAAGGUGAUGGUUACAAACCGGUUGUAUAAGAGGUCCCUGCAUUUCAGAGGUUUUCCUCUCCAUAUUUGAAGUCAUUAUUUCUAAAACAAGGUUUCAAAGCUACACAAUUUACACAGCAAUCCAUAUCAUGAGUUGAGCAUGGGUUGGGUUUUGGUAGAGCCAAUAACAAAACCAAACUUUGGUGAAGUCAUGUGUUUCAAGAGUCUGAUUACUGUAACACCCUGGGUACCAAACUGAUGGAUUCAACAUGAUACUACUAGCAUUGUUCCCUUGUUUUCAGUGCCCAAAUCCCCAGCUCAUAUCUGUGUAAUUGAGGAUGGGUUGUAACGUGUAAAUGACUGAUAUAUAGAUGUUUACCUUGUUUUUUAUGUAAGUUUUUCUAUUUUUUUAAUAAACAUUUUAAAACUC